AUGUCUGAACGCAAAGUCCUCACCAAAUACUACCCGCCCGACUUCGACCCGUCAAAGGUAUCGCGCGUACGCGCGCCCAAGAAGGCGGGCCCCAAGGUACAGACAGUGCGCCUAAUGGCGCCAUUUUCGAUGAAAUGCCUACAAUGCGGCGAGUACAUCUACCGGGGCCGAAAGUUCAACGCUCGAAAGGAAGUCCCGCCCGACGAGAAGUACCUGGGCAUCCAGAUCUUCCGGUUCUACAUCAAGUGCACGCGGUGCAGUGCCGAGAUCACCUUCAAGACCGACCCGCGCAACAACGACUACGCGUGCGAGCGCGGCGCGCGGCGCAACACGGAGCCCUGGAAGGUCGGGCGCGAGGAGACGGACGAGGAGCGCCUGGAUCGGUUGGAGAGGGAGGAGGAGGAGCGCAAUGCGAUGGUCGAGCUAGAGGCCAAGACGGUGGAUGCGAAGCGCGAGAUGGCGGUUGCGGAUGCGCUAGACGAGAUUCGCACGCGCAAUGCGCGCGUCGAGCGCGCGGACAAGGACGGUAUUGAGGUUGGUGUCGAGAUGCCGCUGGAUAGCGAGGCGGACCGGCUCGAGAGGGAGGAUGCGGAGGCUGCGAGACGGGCGUUCGGGUUUGCGCGGAUGGUUGAUCGCAUGACGGACGACGUUGUCGAGGACGGUGGGGUUACUACGUAUACAUCCGCUUCGUCGUCCACGUCGGCAUCUGCGUCUACGUCGACGCUCCCAUCGAUAGCAGAGACGAACGAAGCAGCGCACAAGUCGGAAGCGGCACAGACUGCGAGCGCGGUGUCGACGGAUAUGCCGCCGCCUUCGUUCAAGCGGGUGGUCAAGAAGAAGAAGAAUCACGCGGCGGCCCUGGGUAUCAGGAAGAAGCCAUCUCUGGUGUGA